CAAAGGAAACAGCAGUUAGUUUGAGAAAAUCAAACUCAUACUACACAAAAGAAAUCUCAAUCAAACCUUUUCAGAUUUGGUUGGUUGUUGAUUAACGUCCCUCCCACCUACAUUCGUGGUUAAAAUUAAAAAGGGAAAAGGGAUUUUUGCAACAUAUUUCUAAAAUUAGAAAUCGAACCACCAUUCCCGCCUUUUCCUCUCGACCUCCUCCUUCCCUGUCAAAAACCCAACCCCUCCUACUUCUCAUUCCAGUCGACGAUCUCAAUUAUCACCACAAUUUCAUAGUUUCAGUUUUUCUAAAAAAAAAAAAAAAAAAUGGCAAAUUACGCCGCCGUCUUGGCCCUAUCUCUCUUCACCAUUAUAUUAAUGUCCAUAGCCGGUCCCGUCGCUUCCAGGGGCAACAACGCCUCCUCCUCCGGUUCCGCCGGAUCAUCAUCAGGAGAAGCGUUUGUGGUGCAAGGCAAAGUUUAUUGCGAUCCUUGCCGGAUUCAAUUCCCGACCAAAAUCAGCUACCCUAUUCCCAACGCAAAGGUGGUCCUGGUGUGCCGAGCUCGUGAACAAUCAGGUGAAUCGUAUAACGUGGAGGGAACAAGCGAUGCCAACGGCAUGUACAGCAUCACCGCCACCGGUGACCAUGAGGAGGAGAUCUGUGACGUUCAUGUUACGGAAAGCCCUGAUAGUAAGUGCCCGGAGGUGAUGGACGACGAGAGAAGCGCUAGAGUUUCAUUGACGGAUAAAAACGGAGUUAGAGGCAACAGUCGCGCGGCGAAUCCGAUUGGAUUCAUGGUGAAGGAAGUUGAUCCUCGCUGCAAGGAGAUCCUCGCCGAGAUCGGUAUCAUCGGACUUUAAGUUAUCUCGAUUCUAAAUUUUAAUUAUUUGUUGCUUUUACUGAAAUUUUAUUUUAAUUUUUUUUUCUUGAGGAAAGUUAUUUGUAAAUUCUCAAAUUAAUUAAUAGAAAUUUUUAUGUUCUCUAAUUUCA